CAGCCGAUUCAAUUGCAAGAUUCUUGUCAAGAGCUGGAAGAAUGGGAAGGCAUGUGUUGGAGAGAAGUCCGAUGCGGAGUUCGCAAGGGAAGAGCUCGCUGUCGAGGCACCUACAGAGAGUGUACCCGCUCGGCAUUCAGAAGAGUUGCUCGAUUCUUAGCCUCUCGUCUCUUUCCCUGUCGCAGAAUUCAAAUGCAUCUUCCCUCAACAGUUCCAUGUCCAGUUGGGACCCCAAGAUCCCGGUGUCGGUCCACAAGCUCUUCAGCUCCUGGGAGAACUCGGAGCUCUUAGCUGGUGUCAUCGGCAAGGGAACACUGGGACUCGAUAGGUUAGGGUCUUCGGAAGGCAGGGAAGCUUCGGCGGAUGAUGAACUCAACAAGGAGGUGGAGUGUGCCGAGCCUGGGAGUUUGAAGAGGUGUAAUUGGAUUACCCAAUCCAGUGAUGAAGUGUAUGUUUCGUUCCAUGAUGAGUGUUGGGGUGUCCCAGUUUACGAUGACAAUCAGCUCUUUGAGCUGCUUGCGAUGUGUGGAAUGCUCAUCGAUCACAGCUGGACUGAGAUUCUGAAGAGAAGAGAGAUGUUCAGGGAGGCCUUUGCAGCGUUCGAUCACAUUCUGGUUGCCAAGAUGGAGGAGAAGGAGAUCAUGGAAAUAAGUUCCACCAAGGAGCUCAUGCUGGCAGAGUGUAGGGUGAGAUGCAUCGUAGACAAUGCCAAGUGCAUGCAAAGGGUGGCCAAGGAAUUUGGAUCCUUCAGUGCGUACAUAUGGGGUCAUGUGAACCGCAAGCCCAUGGUGAACAGACACAAGUAUCCGAGAAUUGUUCCUCUGAGGACGCCGAAAUCGGAAGCCAUCAGCAAGGAUUUGGUGAGAAGGGGGUUUCGCCUCGUCGGGCCGGUGAUCGUCUACUCCUUCAUGCAAGCUGCAGGAAUAGCCAUGGAUCAUCUCGUCGACUGCUUCCGGUUUGGUGACUGUGUGAGACUUGCAGAGAGAUCAUGGGGCCUCUCUAACUUGGCUAUGUGACCAGUAGGAUUGACAGCAGAGUGUUCUUCUUCUUCUUCUUCCUCCUUUUCUUCUGCAAAGUUUAGAGUGAUUAGCAUGAGAUUGCUUUCACUUUGGUGUUGGAAAUAGCAGUACUGUGAAGCUUAGAUCUUAUUAAGCUUAGUGUUAUAUCACAAUCAGAGAGUUUUAAGAUUCCA